AUGCGCUGGCUCUUUUUACUUGCUGUCACACUAGCCGUCUUUGCGCGCGCGCAGAAUGAUGGUAUUGGUGACAGCUUGAAUAUUUCUUUUCAGGUUACAUCGGGCGGGAAUGACAACUAUUUCCUGCGCGACAACGUCACCGCGGCACAGCUCCUGCUGACAAGUGCCAGCAACGCGAGCACAGUCUUGCGACGUCUGGUCGUCGCACUUCCUGCCGGAAAUUCGGGUGCUCUCACUUACUUCCUACCGAUCAAUGCAACCGACAAUACUACCUCGCUUUCUAUCAGUCUCGUCAACGACACUCUGCACAGCACGACGAGGGAAUUUAAUAAUGCUGGUAUCGAGGUUGACUUUAUUUUCAGCUCGAAUGCAUCACUCGGCGUGACGAUUAUUGGAGCGGUUCGCGCUAUGAGAGACUACGUCGAAGGAAACGGCACCAUGCACGAUAUAUUCAAUUACACCCUCGACUCGUAUAAUAGCUCCUUCGUCCGCCUCCAUCGGAAGUGGAUCAACACUACACUUGGAGACCCUCCUGGGACGUUCAGGGGAGCGGACCUUUAUCUCUCGAUCCCGUCAAAUAGCUCUGCCCAAUUUUCAGUUACCAAUAAUACUUGGGCUCCUACUGUUGACAUUCUCGUUCCGGCUGGCCCAAGCUCUGGAAUCGUUCGAAUCGCGGUCGUCACGAAUGAAACAAGCCUCGCUGGUUUGAAACCUCAAUCCCUAUUCCUAGCUAAUGCAACCAGUGGCAAUGAAGGAUUGCAAACGACCCUGCAAGGUUUGGCUAAUGGCAGCAGUGAACCUGCGAAGCAGGUCUCUUUCUUAACGUACACUGAUAAAUUUACUGCCGGUGGUUGGCGGUUCCUGACCUACUUUGGGCGGGACUCGAUGAUUGCGCUCCGCUUGCUUAUGCCUACACUUACAUCAGAGGCCAUCGAGUCUGUUCUAGGUGCAGUCAUCGAACGAGCGAAUUCUACCGGAGCCUUGUGUCAUGAGGAAACCAUUGGCGACUACGCCUCAUUCAUUAACAUCCAGGAUAACCAGAGCCAUCUGGGAAACCAGCCAUUCUAUGAUUAUAAGAUGAUCGACACAGAUCUUCUGCUCUUGCCUGCCAUGGCUCAUUACUUCCUUGAGCUGCCACAAGGCCAGGGUAGAGCCAAGCAAUUCCUCGCCAGGAACGCGACGCUUCAGAACGGCACAUAUGCUGAAAUAUUAACAAGGACGGUUCUAUACAACUACGCCCGCGCCCUACCCUUUGCGCAAAACGCGACGUAUGGAAACUUGCUUGGCCUGCGCCCAGGGCAGCCCGUCGGUGACUGGCGCGAUAGCAACCAGGGGCUUGGGUACGGUUUUUACCCAUUUGACGUCAACACUGCGCUGGUGCCCUCAUCGCUGCGCGCCACACAGGCGCUCCUCGAUGCGAGCGUCCUAUCCAACACCAGCCUCAAUGCGACCGAGGUCGGUGACAUCGCGGGCGUUUGGGAGGGCCAUACCCCGAAGCUAUUCGAGGUCAGAGUCGACGCGUCAACUGCACAGCAGCGCCUGGAAGACUUUGUUGUGCGCGCGAAUUUGAGCAAGAGCUUGCUGAAUCAGACAGGCUCUUCAGCUAGGGGAAACGAAGUGGCGUUCUACGCGCUGUCGUUAAAGAUGGACGGCACGCCUGUAGAGGUUUUAAACUCGGACAUGAGCUUCAAUCUCGUGUAUGGGUCGAACGUGUCGCAGGUGUUCCUGCAGCAUGCUGUGGAUGCCUUGCAGCCUUAUCCCAAAGGGCUGUUGACAAAUAUCGGAAUGGUGGUCUCAAACCCGGCAUACGACUCCAACAGAACGAACAUCGAUGUCCUGAACCGGGCGGCAUACCAUGGUACCGUCAUUUGGUCGUUCCAGCAAGGGCUUAUGGCAAGCGGCCUCGCACGCCAGCUCUCCCUCUGUAUUGCAACAAAUGAAGUACCCACAGCUCAUUUUGCACUAGCAUUGAGCGAGCCCCCGGCCUGGUGCGCGGACGAUGCGUUCGUACAAUCCCUCAAAGAUGCACAGAGCAGACUCUGGACUGCCAUCGAGGGUGCAUGUAGUGAGAUAAACACGGAAGUCUGGUCCUACUCAUUCAAUAAUGAGAGUAACACGUUCGAGGUUGCGGACUUGGCAAGCCUGUCCCCAGACGGGACGGAGUCCGACGCUAUCCAGCUAUGGUCCUAUGGCUUCUUGGGUAUCAUUGAUCCACACGGCAAUCGGACAAUCGACUCUUGA